AUGUAUCCCCUUGCUGCAGACAGCAGCCCCCAGGACCCUGUAUACCUGGGUUAUUCCUCAGGGGCUGGCGGUGUGAACCAGCUGGGAGGGGUCUUCGUGAACGGCUGCCCGCUGCCCACGUGCAAGAGGAAGAGGAUUGUGGAGCUGGCCGUGAGCGGCGUGCGGGCCUGCGACAUCUCCCGGAGUCUCCAGGUCUCCAACGGCUGCGUCAGCAAGAUCCUGAACCGCUACUACCGGACAGGGGCCGUGGAGCCGAAGGCAACGGGGGGCAGCAAGGCCCGGCUGGCCACCCCCGCCGUGGUGGCGCGGAUUGCCCAGCUGAAGCAGGAGCAUCCGGGGCUUUUCGCGUGGGAGAUCCAGAGGCGGCUGCAGUCCGAGGGCAUCUGUGCCAGCCACCGGACGCCCAGCGUCUCUUCCAUCAACCGGGUGCUGAGGAGCCUGCCCCCCAGCCUGCCGCUGGCCCCUGGCUGCGCCUUCACCGUGCAUCCUUCCCCGCCGGGUGAGACCCAGGACUCAUCCCCUGAUACCCCCAUCUCCCUCUCCCCAUCUCCCAUGUGCCUUUCCCUGCUAGGAGAUGCCCAAGCCAGGGUCUCAGCGGUGAUCCAACAUCCUCCAAGAAGCUCCGAAGCCCCCCAGAGCUCGCCGCUGGACGGCCAAGCCAGGAACAGGACGGUCUUCUCCGCCGCACAGUCCCUGGCCCUGGAGGAAGCUUUCCAGAGGGGGCAAUACCCAGACGCCUGCACCCGGGAGAGCCUGGCCAUGGUUACCCAGCUCCCCGAUCCCACCAUCCGGGUCUGGUUUUCCAACCGAAGAGCCAAGUGGAGGCGAGAGGCGAAAGUGAGCCUGCGAGCUGCCCAGACAGCGUGGGGUCCCUGGACAGGAACCACCCCCGGCCUCCCGCUGAGCAGUCGGGACUCAUCCAGCAGGUUCUGGAUGAGCCUGGCCAUGGAAGAAGCUGUCCACCACGGCCGAGGACUCCCCGGGAAUCUGCCAGUAGAAGACGGCUCCCAGGAGAUCAAAACAGCCUCUACACAGCACAUUGCAGUGCAGGAGCACGUCAGCACCGUCCCACGUGGCGACUCUGUCGCUCGCCCAACCUGCUGA